GUGGAGUUGGCUAUGGCAUCGGGAAGGACAACUGUAGCGAGUCCCACGAGGCGGACAAAUCCCUCAUGGGUGUGUCCAUCAUCACAGGCGCUGCCCCCCACGACCUAACUCCUACUACCACCACUACCCUGUCUACCACUCCUUUCAGUACCAACACAUCUAUCACAACCACAACUAUUGCCACCACAAAUUCCACCAUCACAGCCACUAGUCCCCCUGGUGCUGUGUGGACAGACGCUCCCUCGUCACCUCUGGAUUCACAGCUGGCCUUCAGUACAGGAGUGUUGUCCGGGAUGCGUCGGUCUCGGACCAGCCCCCACCAGACCACGGCGUUCGUGACGAAGGGCCCGAGCGAGCCCCGGCCCGCCACGAGGGACGCCCUGGCCGCAGUGGACGCGCCCUUCGUGCCAGAGGGCCGUUGCAACCACGGGAGCAUGGAAGAACUCUCUAGCCAAGCGCUGGUCCAGGGCGAGUUCCAGCCGUUCAGAAAAUCCAGUUCAUAUAGUGUGUGCCUAGAGAAGGGUGUGGAGCGAUCUCUGGUGGGCGGGGCAGCGCCACACCCAGAGACUCACCCUGAAAGUGUGGGGCAAAGUCGAGGUCCUCACGGCGCGUCCCAUCCCUGGAGAGGAGACGCGUCGAGAGUCGAACCUCGCAUGAUUCAUACACCGAAUCUGAAUCUUCAGGUCAGGACUGAGAGUGAUGUAGACACCCAAGUGGAAACACUGCACCUAGAUAAUAUGUGAUACUUAACACUUAAUGUUGAACUUUGAUAAAUGGCUUCUGCUAGUAUUAGGCAUCCAUGGUUAUAGGCUACGAAAUGCUUUAGAUUAUCAUUAUUUUUUCGGGGGUCAUUUGCAUUUGUGGCCGAGAGGAUGGUUUGUGAAUUCGUAUAUAAUCAAAAAGUUUUUUUUUCUAAUGAAUAUUGAUCAACAUAGGGAUUUUUAUUUUUCAAUAAUGGGCUACAUUUUGAAGUAUCUACGAGCAAGGUCGGGUACCGGUUCUUUGAAUGGUGACUUUUGGUUUCGUCUUUUUUAAGGAGAACGCAAGCAAUUUCAUCAUGUGCUUUGGAAAUGUACUUGUUUAUCUUUAUUACUUUGGUCAAGUGUUAUUUUGGCCUUCUUCCAUGUCUUGUUUGUUUUUUUAAUGACUCGAAUAAGAAAUCUGUGCCCAUUGCGGUUAUAAUUUGGAGAUAUAUCGAUUUAAUACAUGUACAAAAGCAAUCUCUUGAGAAGCUAUUGUAUAGUAAGUCGCUUGUUUACCGAAGAUGAUCGAGCAAAAAAAAAAAAAGUGAUAUUCGAGACUGGAAUUCACAGAGUCGUUAUUAUUUUCAACAUUUCGGUCAUUCUUAUCAUUUGUUACACUCCUCAAAAUCUUGUAUAAGCUAGCGCAUUCAAAGUAAUAACGUGUCAAAUUGGGAGAAAAUACAGAAACAGUUCGUACAUUUAAAUUAAAAAAAAGGGCGAAACAAUAUUGGAUAUCGUUGAUAAAAUUAGUGUCUGUUCUUACUGUUCUUACUGGAUUGUGUCUGUAUUUUCUUCAGCCUGAAUUUUCGCCAUCAAUUUUAGAUAAAAUUCAAGUGAAGAAUGAAAGAGUUCCUACCUGAACAAAAGUGACUGUGGAUGAAUGUCUUGUAUCCCAGUUCAAAUUUCGCCGUUACUCUUUUUUCUAUCUUCUCUAUCGAAAGGAAACGGACAUUAGAAAGAAAAGGACAUCCCGUCAAAAAUUACGAUGGCUUUGUUUUGCAUCUUUUUGCUAUAGAAGAAGAGAGAGUGUGUUUAGAGCAAAUAUCUUGAAAAGGAAAGAGUGAUCUUAAGAAUUCAGAUGGUGAAGUGAAGUGUAUAUAUCUCCUUUGCCAUAAUUGGUCUAAAAGAUGCACGGGAAAUUAAUAUAGUUUCACAAAAAAAAAUAAUUUGAAAAAUAUUUGCCAGAACCGUAAG